AUGCGUAAUUCAUUAAGACUAAUGGGAAAAAUAGUAGGAGCUCCAUAUAGAGAUCCAAUAACUCAUCAAAUAACACCAGCAUUAUAUAGAGUUAGACAACCUUUCUUUUGGAGAAAUACUGCUGGUUUGUUUGUUAUUGGUGGAUUACCAUUGCUUGUUUAUUGGUAUACGUUUUAUAAAAUGACUGAAGAUGAUUUUUCUGAUAUUCCUAUCCCACCUAUUAGUGAUGAAGAAUUGAGUAAAUUACAGAAAGAAUUUAAUGAGAAGAAAGAAUAA